GGAGGAGGAGGAGGAGGAGCAGGAGGCCGGGCCCCCGCCUGGCGGUGUGGAACAGAGCACGACGGGGGGUGUCUGACUCUCUUCGGCCUCCGGGGGCCGGGGCGACCCGCGACACAUGGGAGCAGCAGCGGCCAGGCAUCCGAGGACCAGCACGCCGCCGUCGCCCUCGUCCGCGACGGCCUCGACACUACAAGAGAGGCUCUUUCGGGAUAUUGAAGAGCAAGCAGCUGGCUUUCGUCAUCAGGGACGAUGGCUCCAAAGAUGUCUGAUUCUUGGCACAAGAAAUGGAGGGCCUUCAAGGAGAUGAAAGCCGACCAUGAGAAGAAUACGAAGACCGACACAGCCCGCAAGUUUGAAUACACGUAUAAGAAGAUCUUCAUGUGGACCUCUUUCAGGGACAAUAUCGGAGAGCUCCUUGCCGACAUCAUGGAGGACGCGGAGGGCGACGACCUCAAGGCGAGAAUCUUCUCGCUCCGCGGCGCCGUCCAGACCCUGGAGGACAUGGCCGCGGACGUCGUGGAUGCGUCGGUGGGCGCGUUCGCCUCGAAGUUCGCCGCGCCGACGGCGGACCGGCCGUGGAAGUGGACCCUGACGCACGCGGACUUGGCCAGGGGCCCCGUGACUUGAUCCAGGCCGCGAAGCUGCCCACCCAGGAUGGGCCUCCGGAGGUGGCCUCCCUGCGACAGUGCGCGACGGACAACGAGGAGGAGCUAUAUGAGAGCACGUGAAGAAGCAGCUCAAGCCAGCCUCCUCCCGGGGCAAGGGCAAAGGCAAAGGGCUAGAGCGGCCCCAGGCAGUGAGGCAUGCGGCGGGGCCCCAGGGCGCCAAGGGCGCAUGCCCCCCCCGGGGCCCCACGACGCGGGGCGCCGUCGCGAGCUACGGGCUCGUUUUUCGGCCCAGUGCCGGGCGUGACGGAGGCGGUCGUCCUGUCUUCGUUCAUGUUCUCGCACCCGGCAGGGCGGACACCGCAGGCCACGAGCUCUGUUUGUUGUCUUCAAAUUCCUCCAUGAAGGGAGCACGGAUGACCAGAGGAUCGGGCUCAUGUUGUACAGUCUCGUGAUUGACAUGUACAUGUAAUGUGUCAUACAGUUUUGCACCAUCAUGAUCUUUGAACAG